AUCACAUGGUGCCCCUAUACAUUUGAAAUACUAAUUUAUCCCUACGGUACUUCUUCAAACUCGCAACAACGGUGGAGAACAAAAACUAGCAGCAAACUAAAAGCCAUGCUGCCUCUUAAACCCUAAAAGCCAUGCUAACUCUUAAACCCACAACAAAAUAUCCAAUUUCCCAUCUCAUCAAACACCUCAAUCCAUGGGCUUUAGCCAUAAAAAAUGCUCUCACACCCAAUGAAGCCUUGCAUUUCUACUCUCAAAUGCACCGCCAAUCACUUCGCUUUGAUAGCUUUUCAAUCCUCUUCACUCUCAAAUCGUGUACCCAUUUGCGAAACCCCACAAUUAUUCAGCAUCUCCACUCGCAUAUCCUCAAAAUGGGCUUCAUUUCACACGUAUAUGUGGCAACCGCUCUCCUUCAUGCAUACGUUGUCACGUCGUUUGAACACGGUUGUAAACUGUUCGAUGAAAUGCCUAACAGAAAUGUCAUCACUUGGAAUAUAAUGAUAACCGGGUAUUCUAAGUCCGGAAAUGUUGAAAAAGCGAGGGGCGUGUUUGAUCAUAUGCCAAUAAGAGAUGUUUCCUCGUGGUCUGCCAUGAUUGCUGCGUAUAUGAAUGAUGGGGAUUAUGAUCGUGGGUUUGCUCUUUUUCGAGAAAUGAUGAGGAAUGAGGGUCUGAAGCUGGACCAAAUGACUGUGGGUUCAGCUCUGUCGGGGUGUGCUCAAUUGGGUUCUGUUGGUCUGUUGACGGGGAAAUCAGUUCAUGGAGUUACAGUUAAAAAUGGGUGGGAGUUGAAUGUGGAUAUUGGGACAAUUUUGGUUGAUAUGUAUGCAAAAUGUGGUUUUUUGAAGUAUGCUAUUAUGGUUUUUGAGUUGAUGAAAGAAAGGAAUGUGAUGGCGUGGACUGCAAUAAUUUGUGGGUUGGCACAACAUGGUUUUAGCAAGGAAGCAUUGUGUUUGUUUGAGAUGAUGCAAGAAAAUAAUGUGAGACCUAAUGAGAUGACUUUCACCGGGAUUCUUAGUGCCUGUGCACGUACUGGAUUGGUAGAGGAUGGGCGCAGGCAUUUCAACAUGAUUGAAGAGUAUGGACUGGAGCCCAGAAUUCAGCAUUAUGGAUGCAUGGUUGACUUGUUUGGUAAGGCAGGGUUGUUGGAGGAAGCUUAUGAGGUUAUUAAAACCAUGAAAUUCAAGCCCAAUGUGUUUAUAUGGAGCUCUUUCCUGGCAGCUUGUAAGGAGCAUAAGCAGUUUGAGGUGGCGGAUAGAGUGAUUGAACAAGUGUUAAGAAUGGUAAAGCCAGAGAAUGAUGGAGGAAUUUAUACACUUAUUUGUGAUUUAUAUGUGUUGAAUGAGAAGUGGGAUGAUGCAGAGAGCGUGAGAAAAUUAAUGCUUGAUAAUAAUGUAAGGAAAGCCAGGGGAUCCAGUUUCAUACCAGUGGGAUAGAUGAUCCCUUUUCUAGCUGUUCUCAGAGUAGACAUCAAUCACCUUGGGAGAUUUAUAAAAACUACACACUGCAGUUUGAACUUCUAAUAUGUUUGAAUGGUGCUCUUGUUUGCAAGCAAGAAUCUUGAUUUCAUGAAUAUCUAAUGUGCUCAAGUUCUUUUCUUUGAUACUAUUCUUUGUCCAAAGAACAUAAAAAAGAUGAUGGAGAAAUACAUUGAUGGAAGAUGAAGAAGAUUUCAUUUACUCUAGAGUUUGUCAGGGUUUGAAGUAUCUUAUUAUUGAAGAAAAUAUAGAAUACACAGGGAUUAUUUUCUACCAAUGUGAAGCUAGUUAGAGGACACAUUGCAUAGUUGCAAUAGCUAUAUUUUGAAUAGAACUGCUAUUGCAGGGCUGACAACUAACUCAGCUGCAUAAAGUUCAGACUGUUAAACUGUCUUAUCUUUCAAACAAAAUUGUUUAAAUUUGAAAACUUGUCAUUGAAUGUAAUCAUAUAAAUUUUUGUUCCAUUAUUUAAAGUCAUCUCUUGUUCAUUUCAGUUCCCUUGAUCUUGGGAAGAAAACAAUAUUUUUUUUGUUC